AUGGUUGCAAUUCUUCCUGACUCUAUAACAGCGGAAACUGCUCCCUAUUUUCUUCCAGAAUCGAAUAAUUCCAAAUUGUUGGAGUUCUUGAAACCACUUCCCUUUUCCACUAUAAAGUCUCAGUCCAUACCAGCUGUAGUUGGAACCCAAGUUCCAGUUUUCAAGUCGAUUGAUGUUUCAAAUCUCAUAGAAAAGACCAGUAAUCGCUUGAUAUGGCAAACUGCAUCAGAAAGACGUCGUGACGAUGCUCGGUCAACUAGUGAAGAAUUGGAAAAUCCAGAAAACGAAAUAGAAGAAGACCCUCAGCAUUUUGUAGAGAUUCAAGAAUUGCUACCCAAAUCAUUAAAGGACCAGUUGAGUUUAGUGGUAGUUGAUAAUUUCCCCAAUGUCAAGCAAUAUGCCAUAGAGAAGAUAGUAGAUUCUUUGGUGGAUACCAGAAAGUAUAAAUGGUCCCACGUUCAUUACGAAUUCGCUGACAACAGACUGGUCUACAUACGGUUUGAACACGUACCAGACGCUAAAUGGUUUGUUGAUACAUAUUCACUGGUAUUGCCUGAUAUUCUUCUGAACAAGAACAUAAAAGUAAUCCAUAACAAUCACAUAGAUGAAGUUCUCGAUGAAUUGAGUGAUUUUAAAGCAGACCCAAAAUCUACUGUAAAUAGCAAAGUCGUUUCAAAAAUCGGUUCAAUUUUGAAGAACAAGAGAAAUUUUGAACGAAUUUCAAAAAGAUCUGGAACUGAAGAUUUGGAUGAAGUUCUUGCUUACUACAGCAAGUAUGAGGUAGAUAGUAACGAUCUCAUCGAUGUACCUACAAACAUGAGGGAAGCUAUAGUAAAAGACAUAGUGAGAUUCAGAUCCAAAGUGCUACUUAUAGAAAGAGACAAUCGGAAAAAGGAAAUCGAAUUAGAGCGGGAAAAGACCAAGGAUAGAUUGAAGAAGUUGUUCGCUGGUCUAAAGGAAACGAACGAUGAUAUAAAUAUGGACUCAGAAACUACAAAAGAUUUACCUUCAAAUAUCGUAAAUGAAUACGAUGAUCUCAGUGAUGAUGAGUAUGAAGAAUUACUUAAGACUGGAGAAAAAAAGAAACUUGACAAGUUGUAUCAAGACAAGAGCCACCAACUUCAAAGUCUUGAAACAAGAGAAAGGUUGUAUUUGACGAAAAAAUUGGAGGACUUGAAUAACUAUGAAGAUGAUUUGAUCAAUAACAAAAUUAAGUAUAUUGAGGAUUUCAAGAAUAUUGAGGAAUCUACAAAUUCCAACAACAAUGACAUUUCAUCUUUGGUCAGUUUGUACUUCAAUAAUCAUGCACAAUACUUAAAGGUCAGGAACCACAAGCGAAGUGCGGAAGAAGCUCUUGAUGCCAAGGAUGAGGAUGACGAAAAGAAGGAAGAGCUUUCCACCAAGUCACAAGACUUCGUGCUGUUGAAAAAAGCCAAAAACACCUUAGAAAAAGAUACUGAAGACGCAGUUCCAGUUGCGGAUAACGCGGAAUCUGAAACUGAACCUUCCAGAAUUGAAGUUGAUCAGACUAGUAAGUUGCAGAGUAAGAUUGUGGAAUUGGUGGAGGAAUAUCUUGGUAUUGUAGACGAGUUCCUCGUGGAAGUGAUCAAUGAGAAUUUGAACAAACACAAUCUCUCUGCUAAGGACGAGCUCAUGGAAGAAUUAUCUGAAGUUCUUGAUGAUGACUCGGCGAACUUGGUCAAUGACUUAUGGAACUACGUGUCGACUAUUGCAAUAUAG